UUAAAUAAAUGUUUGUUGAAUUAAAUCAAUCUUUGUUAAUUUAAAUAAAUGUUUGUUGAAUUAAAUCAAUCUUUGUUAAUUUAAGUAAAUGUUUGUUAAUUUAAAUCAAUCUUUGUUAAUUUAAAUAAAUGUUUGUUAAUUUAAAUAAAUGUUUGUUGAAUUACAUCAAUCUUUGUUAAUUUAAAUAAAUGUUUGUUGAAUUACAUCAAUCUUUUUAAAUUUAAAUUCAGUGAGACACGCUUGCAUCAGAGUGAAUCUGAGACAGAAAAGAUGCAUAGAAGUGAAAAGAAAGAAACAAAUGAGCGAUUGUAUUUGAAUGCAUAAUACCUUGUUCCCGCGAGGAUGUGGCCCUGCUUUGCGUAUGUACUUUGCAUGUCAUUUAUAUUAUACACAAGUAGUGAGGGAGCUGCUGUGUUAGACUCAGCGUGAUGCUCGUGUGUCCUUCUUUCUCCAUGGAUUCUUGUGACACGAGUUCAUCAUCAUGUGACUUACCAACAUUUAUUCUCGUGGCAGGAAAUUUCUUUCUUUUUUAAAACUUUUUGUGCAUCUCUUUCUUUCUUGGGCAGGCUGGAGAUUUGCUGGAGUUUUAUUCGGACGGCGGUUGCGGAGUCGGAAAGGACGAUACGACUUCGAUUGAGUGUUUUUUUAUUUUGUUCUAUUGGAGGUUUUAUUUAUUUAUUUUGUGUGUGUGUGUAUUACGGAACUGUAUUUUAGACUGGAUUGGAUCUCUCUUGUUCGUAUUUCGAAUCAUUCUGCAUUCGUUUCAAAUUUUUUUUGUCGUGGAAUCGAUUUUUAGGUUUUCGUUCGCUGGAACGAUUUCGCGAAUUUGUUUCAAUUUGUUUUGUGGAUGGUGUCAAGUUCGAGCAUAUCAGGUCAUGUGAAGUUAUGUGUGGUGGUGCAUUGUAUAGAUUGAGUUGAGGUAACUGGGUGAUUUCAUGUGUGCUGGGGAAGAAUAUUAUAAGUGAAGUGAGAUUUUCCUGAAGUGACGCUUAUUUUUCAAGAAUAUCAUUUGGAAAUGUGUUGAAAAAGUGCCCUGUUUCAAUCAAGUGACGAUGAAGAGUGCAGUGUGAUGAGUGACAGAGAUCCAAGCCUGUUGACAACAUUUUUCUAUACUGUGUGUGUGAGUGAUUUAAUCAUUUUUGCCCUUGUGAAAUUUCUUUCUUUUUUUUUCUUUUUAAAUCCAGGUAAAAAGAAACAAGCGUGAAAGGGCAAAAAAGAUGAAGUUUUGUGGGCCUCUGUUGUCAAAAUGUUGCCUGGUGGUCAGUGUGUGGGGCAUUAUCCAGAUGGGGAUCAUGGGAGCCCUGUUCUACAUCCACUCUUUGACCUUCAUUGAGGACAUGCCUCUUCAUCAUCAUGCUGAACAUGGAGUCCAGGGACUUUUUGAUGCUGCAGACAAGAUUUACACUGGAGUGGCGCAAAACUGCUGGAUAGCAACAGCCAUGUACUUGAUCACACUCAUCAUCUCCGUUUGGCAAGCAUUUCUGAAUGAUGCGGAGGCCAAGGCGCCACCAACGCCGAAACACGCUCGGUAUUCAGCUCCACCAUCGCCGGUGCUUCCAGGUACCAUGGGUCACACCCAGCUCCCACCUGGUACCACUGAGAUCAUCGCAGAAACGUCUUUCACUGAGACCAACAACCGAGACUGAGUCAAUCAUCUUCAAGCAACCCUCCCUUUUUUUUUUGCAAGAUGAAAAGUGGGGGCCAAUGUGCGUUUAUCUAUUCAUUUAUUCCCUGGUCUGUCUUAUUUUGUCUGAGUCUUUUAGUGUUCUAGUCAAGCUCUGUGAGAAGAUGAAAAAUGGUGUCAUUUUGUGCAGGAGGAUCUGAUUUGGUUGUGGAAUCUCCUUUCAAAUUAAAGUUUUUCCUGAUUGGAAUGGCAAGCUUGGAUUUUUCAAA